AAUUCUGGGGGCUGAGCCCUCGCUUGUGGCGUCCGCAGCCGGAUCCAGCCUCCCGCCCUCGGCCGAGCCUCCCGCGCUCGCCGCCCAGCUCCAGACCAAGUGCCGGCGGCGCCGGGCGCUGCCGCGCCGGGGCCAUGCUCCAUCUGCCCGCCCGCCCCCGCCGCGCCGCACGCUCGCCAUAGAGCCGCUCCGCUCUGCUCCGCGCCGCGCCGCCGGCCCCGCCGGCGGGCAUGGGGAACCAGGUGGAGAAGCUGACCCAUCUGAACUACAAGGAAGUUCCCACGGCCGACCCGACAGGUAUGGACAGAGAUGAAGGGCCCAGGAUCGGGGUCUCUUACAUCUUUUCAAAUGAUGAUGAUGAGCUGGAACAGCAGCAGGAUUCUGUGCAUGACCUGGGGGGUGAGCACCCAGCCCUGCAGACCUACGAUCCCCAGCUGCACGAGGUGGAGUGCUCAGUCUAUUACCGGGAUGAGUGUAUUUACCAGAAGAGCUUUUCCGAGGAGGACGCGCUGCCGGAAGAGGGUGAUGAAGGAGGCGGGGGGCAUCUGAGCACCUACACCCCAGAGAACCUGCUGAACAGGUGCAAACCAGGUGACUUGGUGGAGUUCGUGUGCCAGGCCCAGUAUCCACACUGGGUGGUCUAUGUCGGGGAUUUUCAGGUUGUGCACCUGCACAGGCUGGAGGUGGUGAACAGCUUCCUGACGGACGCUAGCCAGGGCAGGCGGGGCCGCAUCGCCAACCAGCUGUACCGCUACAAACCCCUCAGCCCAGCCGUGGUGGUCCGCAACGCCCUGGAGCAGGUGGGCUGCAAGGACCGGGAAUUGAGCUGGAGAAACUCGGAGUGUUUCGCUGCCUGGUGCCGGUACGGCAAGCGGGAGUUCAAAAUCGGGGGGGAGCUGCGCAUCGGCAAGCAGCCCUACCGACUGCAGAUCCGCCUGGGCGACAAGCGCAGCCACACGCUGGAGUUUCAGAGCCUGGAGGAUCUGAUUAUGGAGAAGAGGAGAAAUGACCAGAUUGGUAGGGCUGCUGUCAUCCAGGAGCUCUCCAGCCACCUGCAGGCUGCAGAGGAGGAGGAAGAGGAGGAAGAAGACUCUCAUCAUCCAGGUGCUCGGACUGCUGUGGAGUAGCAGCCUCAGCACCACCGUGCUGCUUAGCCUGGGUGAUGGGGAUUAAAACUGAAGGCUGCGAAAUUGAGCUGUUUUAAGCCCUUUGGGCUGCUUCGGUGCAGCUUCAUUCCAAUCACACGUGAAAGGAAGGGGGAAAGCAGAUUAAGUGUCUGUGCUUUAGUGCUUAACUCCUUCAGUGCUUGAUGAUAAAACCACUGACUUAUUUGUAGAGGAUAAAACUCAGGGCAAUUCUACCCAUACUCACUCCCACCUCUUUCCCUUCCCUUCUGCCCUCUUUGUGCAUAGCCUUUCGUUCAGCCAUCUGCCAGUAGGCUUGACCCUAUGAGAUGCUAAAUGCCUUUGACAUCUACUUAUCAGCAGAAGUUAAGAGUAUUUAGUACUAUUAAGAAGGAGCCAACAACUUUCAGGACAUGGCCAUGCAGCUCUGAACAUAUGAUUAGUUUGGUAGCUGAGAAGCGUGAGGAUAUUGUUUCCCCUUCUUUUUCCCCCUUUCUUUUCAGUUGUGGCUUCUGUUGGUAUUGCAACAAGCUGCUUGUUUGCCUGGUACGAGGCUUUAUGGAUUGAUAGCCAGCCCACAGGAAGGUAUAAGAGAGAAAUCUCCAUUAAUUUUAAUGAAAUGGAUUUGAUGUGCCUGAUGCCUUCUUAAUUGAUAGGAGCUUGCAGAUGGGCUAGGGGACCUUUGCCUUUGCUAUCAGUGUGCAGCUUUGAGGACGGAAGAUGUAUUUAUUGCUGACCAGUCCCACGGGAGGAGGAAGUUUGCACCCUGACUAAGGAGUCUGUGUAUCGGUGUAUGCUGGGACUCUUAAAGGCAGAUACGGAGCUAUGCCAGUGCUUGUUACAGGCUGUCUGGCUUCCCCUAAAGCAAAUGGCAGAGCUCCUGAUUACAUCUGUGGUACACAUCAAGGCAGUAGAAGCUGGUUGUUCCUGUGCAAGAGUAUGUCAUAGGUAAGCAACCCCUCGACAGGGUGGCCUCUUGGCUGGGUGCUGCUGGCCCUGAACGUGUCCCAGGUUCUGCACCGCAGUAAACAAUGACUGUGAUGGGAAGUGAUGGGAGGGAGCACAGGCUGGAAGGCAUCACCAGCAGGGGCUUUUGGGUGUUCCUGUUUUUUUCUUUCCUUCCUUCCUUAUUGCAAUUUCCUUUUCAUUAGAAAUGUCACUUUUCCAUUUUUGCUAAUUUUUAUGGUAUGCAGCUGAGCUAUAGCAUUAGAGAAAAGGAGAUGACAUGCCUUGAAAGUUGCUGCACAAGUCCCUUAUUAACCUGGAGGGGAAGUGAUGUGCUGCCUGUCUUGAAUAUUCCCUGAACUUGUUUUCAACUCUUGAACUGCUCUCACACACACACAGCACUGUCAGAUCUUUGUCCUGGAAUCUGACGUGUGUAAGCAAACACUGAUUUGGAGGCAGUUUCUAAUGCAAAAUUCCUCCCCCUUAAAGCACAAUAAUGCUGAGGUGAACUUGAAGAUAAGCUUGAGUUCAUUUAAAUAAUGGAAACUAACAGUGUGAUGUAAACUCGAAGCGUAGUUAAUAUGGUCUUCCCUGCAGUUGUUUACAGUUAUACCACAAAUAGCAAAGUACUCCGUGUCCUUUCCACCCCUGAGAUAGAGGCAAAGUUUGUCAUUUAAGAACAGGUAGAUACCAGCUUUUGAUUAGUUAUGAAGUAACUUUGCCAAUGUGAUCCAAAUAUAUCGUGGUGUUGUGUUUUCUGCCUAAAAUACACAAGGUAGAAGCAACCUCUGAAAGACUAUUUCAUCCUCACUUCAGGAGGAAAAAUAACUUUUAGAGUUAUGCAAAUGCGCCAUGUACUGUUCCUUUAAUGACUCCUGUGGUCUCAUUUUGGGCUGUAAAAUAACCAAAUCCAAAGGAGAGUUUAACACCCAGCUCCCUUAGAAUGCUAUAGCUCAGGUGUGGGGUUUUUUUUCUCCAAUAUGCAAUUGAGUUAUACUCAAGUUACUGUGGUUGCCAAGUAGAUGUGCAACUUUGCUUGGAGAGCAUUAUAACUACCCAUAUGUAACUAUGAUGGGGUUAAUAGGUGUAUGUCUGCACACAGGUUUUGUACAACAACUAAAAGCUGAAAUGAUCACUGAAAUAGUCUGAAAGAGUGAGAGAGAAUCCCUUCUUUGUACUGACUGGUGUGAGACAACAGAGGUAAUUGAGAUCGUGUCUGGCUGUGGUUUCUUUCAUGCUGAAACCUUGUACAUAAUGAAGUUUAUUUCACUGUGUAACAUAGGUAUGUUAAAUAAUAUUUUCUUACAGAUAUUUUUGAAAGUUAAAAAAAAAAAUCCCUUCAUAACCUUGCAUUUGAAAGUAAGUUAUGCACAUUAUUUUCCAGUCUUCUGAAUGGGUUUAUUUUUCAUUAGUGAUCUAAAGUAUAUUCUAGGUCAUAAAAUAUAGAAACUGCUAUAAAUGUCAAAUAAUAUGUAUCUACAGGGUACUAAAUAGUAAACUAGUCAUGAAAAUAUUUUUCCCUUGUGUCUGAAACAUCAGAGCUGUGGCACUUAGCUAUUUCUUUCCUUCUAAGACCCUCUGAAUAGCCUGGCUUUGUUUCUUGUUCUCUAUUUCACUUUUUUCUUUAACAAGACAAGGACCAAAUCUGCUUGGGAAUGGAGAGCAAAGCUCCUUUGACCAACUGAAAUUAUGUCUUGUGCUGAUCUUCGUGCUUCUCUGUACCAGUCAUGCCUUUUGGGAUAAACCCCCACACAGGCAAAGGGCCUUAGCAAAGAAUCCCAGAGCUUGCACUGGCUUGCUAGGAUGGGGAGUGAAGGGCAGAGCUUGCCUCACAGGUUUCUGCUGUAACACCUAUAUGCUCCUGUGGCACCUGGGAUACAGGUGUCCAGUAUUUAAAACAUAGAUAUUUGGAGUCUUUAAAUUUCUCUGCAAGCCCUGUCUGGGAAUUUAUUCUGUCUCCUGGCAUUCCAUUAUGGGUAAAAGUAGAAGAGAGGGGGAAGCUUGGAUUAUUAUUUUUUUAUUUAGUCUGGAAGAGAGCUACUUCCAUACAGGGAUUUCUUAUUCCAGCAGAUAAAAAUGCAACUGUUGAAUCUUUAACAGACAGGUCCUUUUCCUCUACUUGUUCGUUAGGCAAUGUUAUUUAAUAGGUGCUACUAAACACCACUGCAAACAUUUCCAAGCAGUCUGGUCUUAAAGCCAUGGAUGAGCUGGAUAUGAGAAAAGGAAGUGCUGUAGAAGCACAUCACAACUGCCUAGUUUCUUGCCUUUGCUGUACUUUACUCAGUUUCUGUCUGCAAAUGAGGCUGGGUUUUCUGAAGCUUCUUUUUAAAGAAACAGAUCUCCCAGGAAAACAGACUUUUUUUGUGUGUCUACUUCAAGACUUUUGUGAAGAUCACAAAAGGCAGGGGAAAAGAAUAGAUAAAAGUUCUCUACAGCUUCUUCUUUAACAUAUAGAAAAAGUGUGAUCCUUCUGCAGAACUUCUGGUUCAGUGAAGGUCUUGAGCCUAUACCGAAACUGGAAGUUGAGUAGACUCUACCUUGUGCUACUUGAAAAAUCAGUAAGACUGUUCAUGUGCUUUGAGGUUAAGUGUAUAUUUACACUUCUUUGUGAAUAAGGGCCUGGAAUCUCAGUUUGAGGUCUCUGGUGGGAGUGUGGAGGCUCUGAGGUUGCAUAAUCACUGGGGGAGAACAAGUAGUGCUGUGAAAGCUGUUUCUCAAAGGGCCUGUUGUCCAAACAAGGCUCAUGGAAUCCAGCCCAAACUUUGGCCUCAGUUUCCCCCUGGAAAUCCAGGAGCUGCACCGAUUUGGCGGGAGGUGUAUUACACAGCAGUUGUGAGCAGAGCUGAUGAUAGUGCUGCAGACUGUUCUCUGCUAUCUGUCUCAUCAUGCUUGAACUUUCCCAUGCGUUUUUAACAUUUAAAGUUAGUAUCAUUUGUUUUAAAAGCCCUUUGAUUGUGCAAACACUUAAUCAUCUAUAUGAAUUUACUCAUUUGGGCAUACCUACCGCUGCUGAUAGGAUGACUGCUGUGAAUAUCAUUAUGCACAUGUUAAGGCUGGCAAGACAGAGCCCCAGAUGUGUAAAUGUAGCUCCAGCUAGGAAAUGUAAAUGAGCAGUCUUAUUUCCCCAGAGGAUUGGUGUGUUUGAUGCAAAUAAUGUCUUGGAAAAGGCUUUAUAGUACAACCUACAAUUAUUCCUUGAUUGAGUAGUUUAAAGAACACAGUUUAGACAUUCACCUUCCGUGGCAGUGAACAAGGGCAUAAACUGAAGAGUAUUUCACAUUAUCCCUGAUUCUGCAUGAGUGCAAAGUGUUGAUUACAGCCGCUCUCUGGAGCUCACCUGGCCAGCAUAGUAGGUAGUUUUAGGGUAGGCAGGGAAAGUACUCGAAAGCCAAUUCAAAAACUGUAUUUUCUUACCUGGAAAAAUACAUUCUUCAGACUGAAGGAUCCUAGACUGUGGAAGUAAACAUUAAAUUGUUUUGUACAAAGGAAACCCUUAAGUUUUGUUCAUUUAAAGUCAAUAUUCUGCUCUCAGUACUAAAAUAAGUAAUAUUAUGUGAUGAAUAUAUUUCAGAUUUUGAAUGUAAAGAUGGUUUUCUUUUUCUCUUCUCCUUUGGUUAAGUUUUACCAAAGGUCUGUCCUUGGGUCUGUGAAGUGUGUUGUCAAGUGAUUUCCCACCUGUGCUUUUCUGACAAUUAACAGCACCAACCAUAACUCUGACAGCCAUGUAGGAACAGAUAUUUUUCUGAAGCAAAUUUUUAAUUUUAUAUAAGAGAUGAGAGACAAGUAACUAAGUAGACAUAGAACAUACAUUGUUCCAACAGCAGUUUCUAUUUGUAAGAAAUCUACUGUUAAUUGAGUAUGUGUUGACUGCUCUUAUAAAUCAAUGUGCAGUGAUGAGGCCACGUGUAUUGUAUAAUGGGCUUAGACUUUCAGAUUAGAUUUUUAUUUUAAAGUGUGGGUAGGAAGAAAUCAGGGUGACUUCAAACACCGAUGGUUUAGAUGGUUAUUUUGCAUUAAUAUCAAAUUAGAAGCUUUCUUUAAAUGCACACUUGAAAUUCCUGACAUUGUACAACUUCAUGGAAUCAUCCACAAUAACAAAUGUAAUCACAAAAUGGGUUUUUUUUCCAUCAUGAGCAUUUUCUGUAAACUGUCUUUUGUCAGUAAAUGUUGAAUUGUUAGUGCAAAUAUCUUCUUUUCCCGAGAAAGAAGUACAGAUCAUUGAUUGUACCAUUUCCUUCAAAAUGAAGGGCAUUGCAUAGUAACUAAAAAGAAAUAAAACAUUUAUAGUAUCUUUUACAA